UUUGUUUACAUGAAACAUUUUUGCUCCUCUGUUUUUGUUUUCAAUUUAUUAUCAUCUAAUUGUUGGUGUUAGUUAAUUAAUUGGUAGCAAUUUAAUUCUUUUUUUGAGUUUACAAUUAAUUAACCAUAAUUCUCUUGGUUUUUGGAUAGAAUAUGGUAAAUGAUGGACGACAAUGUUCAAGACAUUUGUCGAGUCUGUCGAUCCGAGGGGUCAACAGAAAAGCCUCUAUUUCAUCCAUGUAUUUGUACUGGAAGCAUAAAAUAUAUUCACCAAGAUUGUUUGGUACAAUGGUUAAAAUAUAGUGAAAAGGAGUAUUGUGAACUAUGCAAUUACAGGUUCUCAUUUAUACCAAUUUAUUCACCUGAUAUGCCCAAAAGGUUACCUGUUAAUGAUAUUCUAACUGGAUUAUUGGGAAGUUUAGCAACAGCAAUUAAAUAUUGGAUACAUUAUUCAAUCGUGGCAAUAGCUUGGUUGGGAAUCGUCCCCUUAACAGCCUAUCGAAUUUAUCGUUGUCUAUUUUCCGAUUCUUGGUCAUCUGUUUUGUCACUUCCGUCAGAUUUGCUGAGUACUGAAAAUAUUGCCACUGACGGUUUCUAUGGGUGCUGUCUCAUUAGUUGCACUCUUUGUGCCUUUCUCAGUCUCGUCUGGUUACGAGAGCAAAUUAUUCGUGGAGGUGGCCCUGAAUGGCUUGACCUUGUUGAACCUAUUCCAGUACCACCACCACCUCGAAAUGUGCCCAAUCGUCAUCAAAAUAUACCAAAUGAACAGCCGGGUAUUGGAUUAAAUAAUAAUGUAAAUAAUAAUAAUUUAGGUGAAAAUGUUGAAGACUCUGAAGAUUCUGAAGAUGACCAUCAAGAGGAAGAUAAUCUUAGAGCUGUUGAAGCUGCAAUCGAGGCAGUUAAUGGUGCACCUAAUGCCGAGUUUAUUAAUCCUGAUGAUGGAGAACCUGCUCGAAUUGCUGCUCAAGAAGAGAUUCCCUGGAAUCCUGUUGAAUGGGAUAGAGCAGCUGAAGAUCUCACAUGGGAACGAAUACUUGGACUUGAUGGAUCAUUAAUCUUUUUUGAACAUGUUUUCUGGGCCAUUUCUCUCAAUACCCUUUUCGUCCUUAUUUUUGCAUUCUUCCCUUUCCAUAUUGGUGCUCUUUCUGUGCGAGGUUUAGGACUAUUGGACACCGUCUCCGCUACCAAUUUCGAAGGCCUUGUUACAACCCUUUUUGGUUAUAUCAUUAUCUCCUUGGGUCUAGUCUUUUUACAUUCUACCGCUAUAAUUUUAAGAUUUAGGAGAACACAGAAACUAUUAGGAUUAUCUUAUGUUGCUGUAAAAGUUGCACUUCUUUUUAUAUUUGAGAUUGGCAUUUUCCCUCUAGUAUUUGGUUGGUGGUUUGACAUUUGCUCAUUGCCUAUUCUUGGAGCAACUCUUUCUGAUCGAAAAUCUGGUUUACGAUCUGCUCCUGGUACAUCGAUGUUCAUUCACUGGCUCGUUGGAAUGGUUUAUGUCUUCUACUUUGCCUCAUUUAUGUAUAUAUUAAGAGAGGUUCUUCGUCCUGGUGCCCUUUGGUUCCUUCGAAAUUUAAAUGAUCCCGAUUUCAAUCCUAUUCAGGAUAUGAUAAAUCUUUCUGUUCUUCGGCACGUACGAAAAUUUGUCGCAUCUCUUGUCAUUUUUGGUACAACAGUUUUACUUUUGGUUUGGUUUCCUGUUUGUAUCAUACAAAAGUUUCUCCCUGGUUUUUUGCCUUAUCAUGUUUUACAUUCUAGUAACAACGAAAAUCAAGCCAAUGAGGUAUCUCUAGAGUUUCUUAUUCUUCAAUUGAUAUUACCUGCCCUUCUCGAUCACACUCAUCUUCGAUCAUGGUUAAAAUCAUUCAUUCGAGCUUGGUGCAUAUGUGUUUCCUACAUUUUAGAUAUUCGAUCUUUCCUUUUAGGUGAUGUUAAACCAGGUACAAAGGAUGGAAGUGAUGAUAGUUUAGUUCCAAUUCGAAAUGAUGAUUCCAAUCAACCUUACAUUGUACCCAAAUACUUUGCUCUUAAAAUCAUUUGUCUCCUUCUCUGUGUUGCGGGCUCCCUUCUUGCUGUAGGUCUCUUUUUUCUUACUGUUCCUGUGAUCAUUGGACGGCGUUUAUUUUCCGUUUGGUUGGGUGAAACUCGAGUCCACGAGUUGAACACUGCUGCUUGUGGCCUGUAUGUUGGCCUUUUACUUGCACGAGCUUGUGCCGUCCUUUGUAACUGGCUACCUCGUGGAUGGACAGCUAUCGCUCUUAAAGUAAAAGAUGGCCUAAUCAUAGCCGGUAAAGCCUUGAUUGCUGGAAUGAUCUUAUUAGGAGUGAUACCACUUCUGAUUGGACUUAUGUUUGAUGUUUUAAUCAUUGUCCCCAUUCGUGUACCACUUAAUCAAACACCAAUUUUUUAUCUAUGGCAAGAUUGGGCUUUCGGUAUACUUCAUACAAAAGCGAUCUGUGGUUUAGCCAUGAUGGCUGAAUGGCCUCUCCGUGAAAUCCUUGAAAAUUUAUAUCAUGGUGGUUUAAUCAAUAUCAAUCUUCAAUACAUUAUGACCAAAUUGGCAAUACCUGUUAUCCUUAUUCUUGGUUCAACUCUUUCUCUACCUUAUUUUAUCAUCUGUGGUAUCCUACCAAUGUUUGAUGUUAGCUUUGAGACCAGAAAUUUUCUUAUCCGACGAAUCUAUCCUUUCCUGUUGAUUGCUUCAAUUUUAAUUUAUGUGAUCCAUUGGCAAAUUAACAAAUUUUUCCGUCUCUAUGAGCAUAUCAAAAACGACAAAUAUCUUGUUGGAAAACGUUUGGUUAACUAUGAUCCAUCUAAAAAUAAAAAGACCGGAACAACAACAACAUCAUCAACAAACAAUUCUCCAGCUAUUGUUAACUGAAAUGAAGGCACAAAUAAUCACCAAUAAUUGGAUAAAAGAAGAGGAAAAAUUUAAUUUAAACAAUUAUCGCAACAAAAUCUAUUCACAACAACAACGUGUUCAAAUAUUUAACAAUAGAUUUCCAGCUAUUUCAAUUGGAUCGAUUCUUAUAUUACCCCCUCUAAUCAGUUGGACGAAAGACUUUGAAUUGUUUGCUUUCAGAUGAUGAUGAUGAUAAGUUUUCUUUCAAACUAAUUAUAUUUAAUAAGCAACAAAUUCUCAAAGAUAAUCAACUGUCAACAUCUUAAUUUCAUCGAAACCAUCGGAAUCAUUAACAACUCUUUCUUAUGCCAUAUAAAUAUAGAGAACCAACCAAAAGACAAAUUGUGAUCAACGACAGCUACAAAUGCACUACAAUUUAUCCAUUAAAGAGGAGGAAAAAAAGGAAACAAUGAAAAAAAAAUCAAUUGAUUAGCAAUUUGAUCACAAUCAAAAACAAUCAUUUCAAUGUUCUAGUUAAAAGUUAAGCUCAAGCAGCACAAACAAUUUAAAGUCCAUCACUAAAACAACAAACUUAUCCUUUAAUUUUCUCUGUAUAUAUAAUGUACAAAAUGAAAGCAACACAACAAUUAAAAAGAAAAUCAAUUGAUUAUCAUCAAAAGAUUAUUAUCUACAAUUAA